CCGUGGAAGAGUAGCAAACGAAGUGAUUCGGCUCGACAUGAGACUGAAGUUAGCAACGGCCUGGAGAAAGAACUACAUUAAAGGAUUUAUUAGGAAAUUAUAACAACAUAAUAAACCUGUGGAUUAUUAUGAUAAUUAUUUGGAUUGAUUUUUCUAUAUUUUACAGGGUUAAAAUAAUCAUACAUGCUUUGGUUGCGAUAUUUAAAUCUCUGUUAUCAGGUGUCUUUACUCGGUAAAUUACUGUUAAGAAGCUUGAAAUAGUUCAUCUUCGUUGAAUCCUUAGCAAUGGGAUACAAAAUGAAGCUUGGAUGUAGUUUUCUUUUAAUGUUCAUUUUUUCUCUGUUAAGCACUGGUAGAACAGAUCUGGGAAAAAAUAUCACAGUGGCUGUGAUGUUGCCUGAUAAUUAUAGCAAGUACGCCUGGGCACUUCCAAGAGUCUUUCCAGCAAUUCGUAUGGCAAAUGAAGAAAUUCAGAAGAACGGCGGACUUCUGAGGGGGUACCACCUUAACCUCAUGAACACCAGCACUGAAGAUGAAGGUGGUGGCUGCUCUGAAACUCUUUCUCAGAUAGUUGCUGUGGAUAUAAAACUCUACAACAACCCCGACGUUUUUUUCGGACCUGGUUGUGUGUACUCCGUCGCUUCGGUUGGGAGGUUUGCCACCCAUUGGAAGAUCCCCCUGAUAACAGCAUGGGCACCAGCCUUUGGGUUUGAUCAGAAGGAUCAGUUCAAAACUGUUGUAAGGACCGGGCCCUCAACCACGAAACUUGGAGAAUUCGUUUAUAAUUUCCAUUCAUAUUUUAACUGGACCUCCCGUGUAGUAAUGAUCUAUCAUGACUUGAGAAAGGAUGACCGUCCUUAUUAUUUCCUAUCCGAAGGCAUUUAUAGUAUGUUGAAGAACGCAAACGUAACAAUUUUUCCUCAUCCCUACUCAGAAACACAAAUCUAUGAUUACAAAGAAAUUAUUACAUUCAUUAAAGACAACGGAAGAAUUGUUUAUAUCUGUGGACCCUUGGAGACCUUUCUGGAGAUAAUGAACCAAUUCCAGAAAGAAAAAUUAAAUCAUGAAGACUAUGCCAUCUUCUAUUUGGAUGUGUUUGCAGAAAGCCUGAAAGGUGACACAAAUAGAGAAGCUAAGAAGCCCUGGCACAACAAAGAGAUAACAGAUGGAACAGAUACUAUGAAGAUUUUUCAGUCUGUAUUUAUCAUAACCUUCAGGGAACCUGACCACCCAGAAUACUUCAAAUUUCAGAAGGAACUACAUAUCAGAGCCAAACAGGACUUCAGUGUUAAACUGGAACCCUCUCUGCUGGAUUUUAUAGCUGGCUGUUUCUACGAUGGAUUCAUGCUGUACGCACAAGCCCUUAAUGAAACUCUCACUGAAGGAGGUUCUCAAAAGGAUGGAAUAAAUAUCACACAGAAAAUGCAAAAUCAGAAAUUCUGGGGUGUCACAGGUCUUGUCAUCACAGAUGAAAAUAACGAUCGAAACAUUGAUUUCAACCUAUGGGCCAUGACAAAUGUGGAAACUGGCCAAUAUGGGGUGGUGGCUCAUUAUAAUGGUACAACCAAAGAAAUUAUCUGGUCUUCAACUGAGAAAAUUCACUGGCCUAAGGGAAGUCCCCCUUUGGAUAAUCCUCCAUGUGUGUUCAAUAUGGAGGACUAUUGCACUAAUGAAGGUCCUCUGACUGUGUUUCGAAUUGUGGCUUUCGGAAGCGGCCUUGCCCUAAUCAUUUUCGCAAUUUCCAGUUUCCUUAUUUACAGGAAACUAAAGUUGGAGAAAGAACUGGCAAGCAUGUUAUGGAGAAUUCGGUGGGAAGAUCUUCAGUUUGAAAGUCCACACAAAUACCACAAGAGUGCAGGCAGCCGUCUCACGUUAUCACAGAGAGGCUCCAGUUAUGGGUCACUUAUAACAGCACAUGGAAAAUACCAGCUAUUUGCAAAAACUGGCUAUUUCAAGGGCAAUCUAGUGGCAAUUAAGCAUGUAAACAAGAAGAGGAUAGAGCUGACCAGACAAGUGCUGUUUGAACUGAAGCAUAUGAGAGAUGUGCAGUUCAACCAUUUAACAAGAUUCAUUGGCGCCUGCAUUGAUCCUCCAAAUAUUUGCAUUGUGACUGAAUACUGCCCAAGAGGUAGUCUACAGGAUAUACUGGAAAAUGAAAGCAUUAACUUGGACUGGAUGUUUCGCUACUCACUCAUUAAUGAUAUAGUAAAGGGGAUGACAUUUUUGCACAACAGCCACAUUGGUUCUCAUGGAAAUUUAAAGUCAUCCAACUGUGUGGUGGACAGCCGUUUUGUAUUAAAAAUCACAGACUAUGGAUUAGCAAGUUUCAGAUCAGUCUGUGAUAAUGAUGACUCACAUGCACUCUAUGCAAAAAAGCUGUGGACUGCCCCAGAGUUUUUGAGAUAUGAAAGAGUUCCUCCUCAAGGGACACAGAAAGGAGAUGUAUACAGCUUUGGGAUUAUCCUUCAAGAGAUUGCUCUUAGAAAUGGCCCCUUUUAUAUCGAAGGAAUGGAUCUUAGCCCAAAAGAGAUUGUACAAAAGGUGAGGAAUGGACAGAAGCCGUACUUUCGACCCACCACUGACAUUAAUUUCCACAGUGAGGAAUUGGCCAUCCUUAUGGAGGGAUGUUGGGCUGAAGAUCCAGCAGAUCGACCUGAUUUCAGCCAUAUCAAAAUGUUCAUCAUGAAACUGAACAAAGAAGGCAGCACAAGUAUUUUGAAUAAUUUGCUGUCCCGAAUGGAACAAUAUGCCAAUAACCUUGAGAAGCUGGUGGAGGAAAGAACACAAGCUUACUUGGAAGAAAAAAGAAAAGCAGAGAAUCUACUCUAUCAAAUCUUGCCUCAUUCCGUGGCAGAACAGCUCAAGCGAGGUGAAACCGUCCAAGCAGAAGCUUUUGACAGUGUGACCAUCUAUUUCAGUGAUAUUGUUGGCUUCACUUCAUUGUCAGCAGAAAGCACACCAUUGCAGGUUGUAACCCUGCUAAAUGAUCUGUACACCUGUUUUGAUGCCAUCAUUGACAACUUUGACGUCUAUAAGGUGGAAACCAUUGGUGAUGCAUACAUGGUGGUUUCUGGCCUUCCUGUACGGAAUGGUAAACUUCAUGCAAGGGAAAUAGCUGGAAUGGCAUUAGCAUUACUUGAACAGGUGAAAACAUUCAAAAUACGGCACCGACCUAAUGACCAGCUGCGACUAAGAAUAGGAAUACAUACAGGUCCUGUCUGUGCAGGGGUUGUUGGUUUAAAAAUGCCAAGAUACUGCUUAUUUGGAGAUACUGUUAACACAGCAUCAAGGAUGGAAUCAACCGGAGAAGCCUUGAAGAUACAUGUUUCCUCAGCAACUAAAGAGGUGCUGGAUGAAUUUGGUUAUUUUGACCUACAACUACGAGGAGAUGUAGAAAUGAAGGGCAAAGGCAAAAUGAGAACAUACUGGCUUCUGGGAGAAAAAACAGAUGUUUAUGUCAUCUGAGAACUUUGCUUAACCAUGUGCUGACAAUUUGUACAGAAAACCACAGAACAGCAUAGGUGCAGGCUAUUAUUUUAUUUGUUCUAAAAUAAAUCUUGAUGGUUUUCCUUCCAGAUUGUGUAACAGGACAUUAAAAAAUACAUGCCUUUAACUAAAAGGUUAUUUCAGGUAUAUUUUAUACCUGCUGAAAACUGCAAAAAUGUAAAGAAAUAGUUUUUAUGAAAAUCUUUUUUGUCAUGAAAGUGAGUACUUUUCAAUGAUAAACCCUUAUUUUUUGUGCUUUCUAUAUCAGGAUUUAUAUAAUGUGUCUGAAAAUUAAUUACAUAUCUAAUAUUUUCUCCUUCUACAAGCUAUAUAUACAUACACAUUACAUGUGUAUAUAUAUUUGUUGUAUAUAUACAUAC